AUGGAUCGUCGUGCUAGCUUUGCUGUCCCGGCGAGCAUCCGCGUCAGGAUUCCUGACCAGCUGCCGACGCUGUUCGAGCCGCAGAAGGCCACACCGCACGUGCGCACCCGCUCCGACGCCGCUGAAGAAGUGCCGUCUCCGGAGCGCCACCUCACCGUGCUGGCCCUCCAGCUCGCCGUCCUCGAGAAAGCCGCAAGCCGUCUCGGCACGCUGGCCUUCGUCUGGGCCACGGUCGUCCUCCUCGGCGGGUUCGCCAUCACGCUGGGCCGGACCGACUUCUGGUGCAUCACGGGCCUCCUCCUAAUCGAGGGCACCCGCAUCCUGGGCCGCAGCCACGAGCUGGAGUGGCAGCACCAGGCCACUUGGCGCCGCCACCGGCCCGUGUCCUGCGCUAUUGUGCGCGCCUUCUCCUGGAUGCAGCUCGUCUCCGCCUCGGCGUGCGUGUCCCUCUCCCUCAUCCGCCUCCUCCACCAGCACUAUGGCGGCAGUGAGGAGGCCCGCACCAAUCGGAGCGCCGCGCUGAACAUCUUCUACGGCCUGGCGCUCGCUGAGGCACUCCUGUUCCUCGCCGAGAAGGCGCUGUGGCAGUGGAAGAUUGGCCACCGACGCCUUCUCGAGCGCGUCACCGAGGACUGUAACCUUGCUAACGCCUGCGGCGGCGAGGUCGCCGUCCGCCGCUUCUUUUAUGACUCCUACUCAUGCUGCCUCAACGGUAGCAUCUUCGACGGCCUUCACAUGGACCUCGUCUCCUACGCCGACGACCUCGUCACUCUGGGCUCCCACGACGAGCAGAUCCUUGGCGUCAGCAUCCUCGUCUCUCUCGCCGAGUCCGACCGCUUCGCCGACGCCGCGCUCCGUAAGAUAGGCGUGUCCGCGCCCACCAUCGAGAGGCUCAUCGAGAUGCUAAGCUGGAAGGACUCGGCGGAGAGGGAGGUCCGGCGAUCGGCGGCGGUAGUGGUGUCCAUGCUCACAGAGAGGAAGCACAUCGCCCUCCGCAUCACCGGCAUCCCCGGCGCUAUCGAGUCCGUCGCCUCGCUACUCUACGCUGACCUCGACGAGCUCAACAUCCUCGGCCUCUCCAUCCUCAACAAGCUGGCUCACGACCACGAUAACCGCGACAAGAUCGGCAACACGCGCGGCCUCCUCGACAAGAUCAUCUCCUACUCCAGCAUCGACCAUGGGCGCCUGGCCCCGACAACGCCGAGGGACAUGAGGCUCAAGGCGGUGAAGCAAUCGCUCCGCCUGGUGAAGAGGCUGGCGGGGACGACGGGGAACACCGGGAAGCUGCUCCGGAGGGAGCUAACUGACAUCGUCUUUACCGUGAGCAACGUCAGGGAGGUGCUGCAGCACCAUGACAAGAAGGUCCAGUCCGAGCUGCACCAGCUGGGCAUUGAGAUACUGACGAGCCUUGCCAUGGACAAGGAGGCGAGGGAGGUCAUCGGCGGGACGGGCGGCGUGGUGAGAGUGCUUGUCUCCAUGUUCUUGUCUCCAGUGGCGACGGCAGAUUUUCGACAUGCAGACGCGAUCCGGAUGGAGGCCGGCGAGGCGCUCGCGAUGCUGGCCCUGGAGAGCAAGAACAACUGUGGCGCGAUCAUAAUGGCUCUUGGCGGAGGGGUCGGGAGGCUCGUUGUCGCGCUGAACGACCCUGUUGUCAUCGUCGGUGCCGCCAGGAUCCUGCACAACCUAUGCUCCUAUGCUGGCGACGAGUGGCAGGUCAAGCUGAAAGGAGUCACCGCCGGCGCUACCAAGGUGUUGAGGACAAUCAUGGUGGAGAAGGAGAAGGUCCUCAACAUCUUCCUCGGGCUUGCGGCGCAGAUGGUCCAGUUUAUGGAGCCAAGGGAGCUCAAAGCAAGCCUCGACACGGCGAGCGUGGUGGACACGGUCCUGGCGGGGACGCUGGUGCAGGUGCUGCGUCAGUACAGCCGCCCGUCCAUGGACGUGCCUCGAGUCCGCCGGUACACCAUCGAGCUCGUCGUUGCCAUGAUGCGGUCGGACGCUCGCUACGUGGCCCUGUUCGUCGAGCUCGGGAUGGAGGGCGAGCUGAGACGCGUCGCUGGAACCACAUCGCAGCUCGAGUGCUUCAAUGUCUUCUCCGGAAGCGUAGGGCUCAGUCGACACACCAUCAAUGUUAGCUCGCUCGUCACGUCAGCGUUAGAGUUGAUGAAGAAGAACUGA